AUGGAUCCGUGUUGUUUGGACCUUUCGAAGCCUCUUCCACCUCUGGUUAAGGCCUUUGACUGCGCAUCAGAGCUCACCGCUCUGCGUGGAAUGGCACCUGUGUUUGCUGUGUGGAAAACCAAGAGAGCAUUGAACAUUGGGUCUGAAAAAAGGCUUAGAGAAGCUAUUGAGCUUAUUCAUGGCUGUGUCUCCGAGAUGAUUCAAAGGUCACUAGAAGGGGCAGUUAACUGA